AUGGUGCGUCUAAUAUUACCAAGCCCACACUUGUUAGUUCCACCUUUCUCGAAAGGUGUCAUUUUAACAACGGGUUAUGUUCACUUCGCCCACUCUUCUAAUUCAGCCAGCCAUCCAAACUCUCUAACCCCCUCUAAGUUACCAGAAGAUGCGAUUACAAUACCAAGUAUUCGUUGUUGUUUGUUAUCAAAGGUGCAAAGUCCAUCUAGAAUAAGUUGGAGCACCAUUUUCGAAAUUCAGACAUUGUACUUUGUUGCAGAAAAAGAAGUUUUUUUAUGGCCACUACGUGGCAAAACAAACUUUUAUGACUUUUCGGUCCAACUUUGUGUACACAAACGCCUUACAAGCCAUUUUUGCUGUUUUCAUUGCCCAAGUGAUCUCUCCUUCUACAAUGAAAUGAUGAGUCGAUUUGCUUGGCUAAAUUUCGCAGGACAAACCAUGACAUUGGCUGUUUGCCUGACUACAACUACUCGGGUGCUUGUAAGCAGUGCAAUAAAGUUUAAAUUAUUUUAUCUACUUCUGAAUGAAUUACUAAGUGGAGAGCUGCAAAAAGAAUACAAAAACGGAUUUCUUCCUAACAAAUGUUAG